AUGAUUAACGAGCGCUCUGUGGACUCAGCCUCCCUGUGCCCCGUCCGACACCACUCACCAGCGCCAGCGCCGGCACCGGCACCUAGUUCACUCGGUCUGGAGAAGCGGCAACGUCGCGGGGAAAGUGUCCCGGGGCGGCAACCUCGCACGGUCGAUAACGGCCUCGCGCGGGCCGGGGGGCGGGGGGCGAGAGGGACGGAGCGCGGGAGCCACGGUGAGUUAGACAGAGACAGAGCUAUAGAGAGGUGCCGCUGCGUGUGA